AUGGAUUCAUGGAAUUUUACUAUUUUGGAGACCCCUCCUAGUGAGCUCAAUAGUCUCUUCUUUGAUGACAUCUCUGGAGCUUGUAUGCCUAUAAAUGUUCGUUUCAUGAUGGUUGUGGUUGUGGAGGAUAGUUUCGGUGUUGUCAAUGUUUUAGGAGAAGGUUUUCCGGCGGGUAUGCGUGUUCUGGCAGUUGAUGACGAUCCAACUUAUCUCAAAGUGCUGGAGAAGCAACUUCUCACAUGCAACUAUAAUGUUACUACAACUACGAAACCUGUGGAAGCGCUAGAAUUGUUGAGAGAAAAGAAGGAUAUGUUUGACCUAGUAAUUAGUGAUGUUAGCAUGCCAGACAUGGAUGGCUUCAAGCUCCUUGAGCAAGUUGGACUUGAAAUGGAUUUACCUUUCAUCAUGUUGUCAGUAAAUGAUGAUAUAGAGAAGGUGAUGAAGAGUGUUAUACACGGUGCUUGCAACUAUCUAGUGAAACCGAUCCGAAUGGAAGAGCUUAAGAGCAUAUGGCAACAUGUAGUUAGAAAGAAGAUUGAAAGCAAGGAUCAAAAUCAAGUUUGGGAUCAUGAGUUGCAUCGAAAAUUUGUUUCUGCAGUUAAUCAUGUCGGCCUUGACAAGGCUUCGCCUAAGAAAAUACUUGACUUGAUGAAUGUUGAAGGACUUACAAGGGAAAAUGUAUCCAGCCAUUUGCAGAGAUACAGAAUUGAUAUCAAAUGGCUAUCUAAACAGGAUAGAGGAGAUGAUGCGUUGGAUCCCUACCAGCAAAAGGGUUCAGUAGGUGGAUAUGGGGAUUUUUGCACCUUAUCUGGAUCAACAAGAGUCCUAAGCAGCAUACUGCCAGCAUAUGCAUCCAAUGACAUGUUUUGUCGGCUGAACGCACCGUCCAGUUUGAACUUGGAAGGAAUGAGUUCUUCUGCACUAGUCCCUCCACUUCAGUCUCAUAACAUUCCCAAUUUCGAGACACCAAUGUUUUCUGAAAGUGAAAGUUCGAGUUCUGUACAUGGCAUUCAAACGUCAAUGGACAUCAACCAGUUUCAGCAGAAUAUUUAUCUGCCUGAUAACAUUAAUUUAAGUCCAAUUGAUGAUUCAAAUGCAGUUACAGAUUCCUCUAGCUUCCAAGACAUCGGAGCCACUGUCAAUAAUGCAAAUGUUUCUCUUUCUUGCAUCUCAAGCAAUCACAUACAAACACAUAAAUCAGGAGCAUUUAUCAAUCACUCUCAUGUUGAAGGUGCUGCUGUGAAAACACAAUCUUUUAACCCCGUCACAAGUGGUUCCUCUAACUUUGCUUCCAAUUCUGUUCCAUUGAGUGAGGAUUUUAACAAUGAUCAAAUGUUGCACAAUAACUUUAAGUUUGCUUCUCCCAGUUCUCAUUUUUCUUCGACAGACAUUGUUGCUGUUCCUUUGGAGGAAACAAUGCAAUGUCAAGAUGGCUUACUUGGGAAUGUUAUAAAUGCUCCAUGGUACACACAACAUCAAAAUGCGAGUUCUUCCUUCAACAAUACCUUGGAUUAUCUUGCUUCUUCUAAUGGAGACACUAGUUCCAUGGUACAUGGUUUAGCUCAAACUAAUAGUUCAUUAAUCACUCAGAUGCCUGAAGUUGAGAAAUUUUAUUCAGAUGAAAGAACUAUGGAAUCAAACGGUGAUUGCUUUUAUGAGCAAUUGCUUUCUCUAGAUGGAUUCAUUCAGAAUAGUUGUGUGCCUUGGAUGACACAAUAA